AUGGCGGUCAUACGUCCACUCAGCCCAGGGAGAGAGGAGCGGCAUGUGCAACCGGACUUGCUGCAGGAGGGCUGCUCUGUCGACCGUGUUGAAAGCGUUGCGGAAGUCGACUUUCAGGAUGACUUUGGAAGCGUGGCCGGAAUUGCGGAGGGCCCAAUGCCGGACAGCGUGGACGGCGGCCUCGCACCCAAGAGGCACAGCAACCCCAACCUGGAGGGGCGACAGGGCGGAGCGGGACUGCUCCUUGUAGGAUUGGCAGAGGCACUUGCUCACGAGACGCCGCAGGGUUUCUCCAACAGCGAUGGGCCGCACCGCAAAGAGGGUGGCCCCUGCGAGGUGGGGCGCCAGCUCGGGCGGGCCCUUUCUAGAGGCGAGAAGCCGGACCACAUCAGCGAGGUGGUUUGUGACCUCAUCGGCGUGAGGGGUGCAGAGGGCUUCACGGAGGUGGUCGCCGCGCAGGCCUGGGCGUGCCGGUUGGCGUUGAGGGUGCUUGGCGCGCAGCUUGUCGAGGACACCCGGCUCGUGGCCCAGCAAAGCGGGGCUGAGCAGGGCGGCACAGGCACGGGACAGCUCGCCCUCAGCGCCAAGAGCAGUGCAGCGGGCCUGGCGGGCCGCAACCUCGCUGUCUUGGUCCUUCGGGUGUUGGAGGGGGGGCGGGCAAGUGGGGUUCCCAGAGCUCCUCCCGCUCCCCCUCCAGCCAACGACGACAGCGGCGGAGAGCGUUUUGGGCGGCCGCGUCGCGGCGUUUGGAGCCUCCACGGUGGGCAGCAUGAGCAGGACGGGGAUGCGGCUUUGACACACCUGGCCUAUGUCGGGACCGGCGGCUACUGGCUGUUGGGUGAGGGGCUGGUGGGGGGCGGCAGCUCGUGCGGUAGGCAGCAUCGGCACACGGGCAGCCCUGGACAGGGCAGAAGACACGAGGGUUGGGAGCGCUGCGGCG